AUGAUGAAGAGGUUACGAAUCGAAAGAGCAACGGGCCAAUUGCUCGCCGCUCGCCCCGGCUGCCCCUCCACCCCCGGCGCCGCCCUCCGGUCCUCAUAUAAGUGCGCCACCCAAGUAGCACCAGUACGGUACUCAUCCUCCUCCUCCGCCGUCGAGACCGAACCCGUCUACGAAGAAGACGGCACCGACCACUCCCGCUUCCCCCCCCUCGAGAAGCUCCCACCCAACACAUCCACCCUCCCCUCCCCCCUACCCUACCGGGCCCUCGAAUCAGCAAAACUCUCCGCCCUCCACGCCCGCCUGUCGCUCUCCCCCAAAAUCCCCCUCCAAACCCUCGCCCGCACCCUCGUCGACGCCUCGGCCGACCCGAACCCCCUGUUCAACAACUCCAGCCUGGCCUUCCUCGGCGCCACAAUAAUCAACUACCACGCCUCAGAAUGGUUCAUGGUCCACUACCCCCGUCUCCCCAUGGACGUCCUCUUCGCCGCCAUGGCCCGCCUCCCCGGCCCCGCGCCCCCUCAACAGGAUAGCCAAAUCCUGGGCUAUACAAUGGUCGACAAGAUCAACAAGAACAACUGGAAGCGAUCGGUCGCCUCCAAGGUAAUCUACGAUGACGAUUUCGGGCAGUUGAUCAUGCCCCGCAAAGCUAAAGAGUCUGAAGACAAGGCCGUCGAGGAAGAUCAGGGCCAAGGUGUCUACCACGAAGAAGCAGCAAACCCCACCCCCAAAUUCUCCCCCACGUCUUACGGCUCCUCCACCACCCGCGAGCUAUCGGAAAAGGCGCACGCAAACUUUGCGCGUGCUGUUGUCGGAGCGGUGUACACCCACUGCGGCCGCGCGGCGGCCAAAUCAUUUGUCAAGGCCCACGUCCUCUGCCGCGAGCUGGAUCUGGAGCGGUUGUUUGCGUUUAAGCAUCCCACUCUUGAACUGGCUAUGCUCUGCGCCAGAGAGGAGUUUGAGCCUCCGGUCGCGAGGCUGCUUUCGGAGACCGGUCGGCUGUCGAGGACGCCUGUUUUUGUGGUGGGGGUGUACUCGGGGAAUGAUAAGCUGGGGGAGGGGCAGGGGGCGACGUUGGAGCAGGCUAGGUUGAAGGCUGCGAUGCAUGCGUUGAAGGCGUGGUAUUUGUACAGUCCUGGGGAGGGGGCCAAGGUGCCGAGUGAUGUGCUUGAAAUGGAGACGGGUGGUGGUGGUGGUGGUGGUGGUGGUGGUGAGCAGCAGGGACAAGGACAGGGGCAGCAGGGGAAGAAUAAGGGGUGGGAGCCGGCUUAUAUUGAUAUUGGCGAGUUGAUUUCUCGUUAG